AGGGUUCAAAUAGAAGUUGAGAUUUCUAUCUCGUUAUAAUUCUGUGGACUCUCAAGUGUAAAUUUUGCGACUAAAAAGUAAAAGUCGGCUCAUUCUUGUACUGACACACCAAUUCCUCGUCAUCCCUAGUGCAAAAUCUUCUAUCACGUGGGUACUGAGGACAACUCUGUUGGCUUGUAAAGAAGAAACAUAUUGCAAUUAUAAAGAAUUUCUGCAAUACAGAUUAAAAAAAUGCCUUUCGCCCAGCGGUUUCUUGCCUGGCUGGCGUCCGCGUUCUACGUGGCCUUCACGCUCUCUCUUUCCUUCUAUCAACUGCAAUUUUAUGUUCGUCUGGGACACUGAGAAAGCGACAGUGUUUGUGGUCAAAUGCAUAGAUAUGCCUUUGCCUCUCGGGAGGUACCUCCUGAGUACUAAUUGUAUAAUUUGAAGGCGGUCUACAACUAGGUUGCAUGGCAAUUAUGCGGAAGUAGGCACGACAUGUUUUCACGAGGCUAUGGUAUCUGAUCAUGCCUAUAAUCUUGCAUCAGAACAAGUCGUCAACUUCUGUGGUUUGGGGAAAGAACGCAUUUCUAGUAUUUGCUGUGACUGCUCAGCGGGUUAUCUUCGGCAUGACAGGUGGUUUAUUGCAGUUGCACUUCUUUGACGAGGAGGAGGACCCAGAUCGAAGAUCUUUGCAUCUCCAUACCCCCGCGCUGGACUCAACGGAAACGAAUGCCGUGCUCGCCGUCUCGCUCUCGCGCUCGAGCCGGACUGGACUGGCGCUGCUUCGUCCUCUGCUGAUCCAGGUGGGGCCGCUGCCGACGCGGCUUCACCUCUCCUGCAGGAGGGGUCGACUGUAGGGCCGUUGCUUGAUACAACUCGUGGUGGUGGUGCCGCUGGAAACGCCGGAGCAGGAGGGACGAGCGAAGUCUCUUUCAAAUCUAUCGGUUCCCCGUCGCGGUCCUUCGAUCAAGAACAAAAAUCCCCCCUUCCCAUAUCAAAACGGAAAUCUGUGAUGCAGAUCAUUUGUGGUCACAAAUCAGCUUUGUCAUGCUAGAAGGAAAAAGAUGCGGACUGUAGAAGUGCUAGGCUGCGUGGGAAAGCCUUGCAUCUUCAGCAUGACCACACGAGGCAGCUGCAAAUGGGUGGAAACAGGAUCACAAAUUGCUUGCAAACGAGGCCACAACUGCGCCUCUUUGCCUUCCAACAAUACAAGUUGAUUUGUGUACUCAAAUACAGCAUCACAAAUUUCGCUUUCGAUAUGGGGAGCGGGGAUUUUUCCUUUUGAUAUCGGCCCACUUCAUGUUCAGCCCCACCACCGUGUGAAGUGGGGUCUCUAGUUUCGUCCACAAUCGGAUAGAACUCUCGUUUCGUCCACAAUGAAGUGGAAUCUCGGGGCGAAGCAGAUAGGGUGACGCGGAGCGAAGCAGAUAGGGUGAAAGCAGAUCGGGGCGAAGGCAGCGGCGGAGCGAAGCAGAUAGGGUGACGCGAGCGCUAGAUGGCCCGUCUGGGGAUGUGUCGUCUGCCUUCACUUUUCCAGCUUCAGGCGACUCGCGUAAAACAAGAACCUCCGCGCAGAUGAAAGCUGCCUGUAGGUUGGCUUCGGAUCCGGCGGCUCUCUCACAGUGUGUCCGGCUUUUGGGUGAGCUUACUUCUCUCGCUUCGAGUAGUACGACAAAGUCGCAGAUUUUGAAAUAUGAACGCAUUACCCGGUCUAGCGGGGUGGAGCCCUGGCCGGUCACUUUCAGGACGAUCGAAAAUUUUAUUGCCGUAGCUCUCGCAGCGGGCUACAAGACCUUCGACGAUGUUGAUACCAGCCUGAUUUUGAAGCAAAUCUAUCGGUUCCUCCUCGUCUCUUUCAAAUCUAUCGGUUCCUCGUCGCGGUCCUUCGACCCCACAGCGGCGGGACUAUCCUACAGAAAUAAAUUAAUAGAACUAACAAAAUGGAGCGUCUAAUUUUUCAGAGCGAUCAAAAGUUGCGGCAUGGGCGCGCCUGGCAUUGGUCUGAGAUUGUUCCCUUCCUUCUUCCUGUGUUGAGAGAGCGAGAGAUUUGAGGGCUUAAAACUUGGCGUACAGGGCAAGAAAUAUCUCACUACCACUACUUCGAAGCGCGAGCACUUUCGCGCUUCAUCAUUUUCCCACCCAUAAGUCGACAGUAGGUCGACCCGCCCUUGUGGUGUUUAAAAAUGUCCGGAAAGUUUUCGCGGAGAAGCGGAAAGUUUUCGCGGAGCUGCUCGUGACCAUCGUCAUGCUUGUCAUUGACGUCCAUAAGGCGUACAACUCGCUGUGUGUGGCGCCGGACCAGAGGGGAUUCAAUCGGUUUUGUGUUUUCAACCCUCUGAAGGGUGUCUACGACUUCUACGAGGCGGCGACAUUUUGCUUCGGGAACGUCCACAGCGUGGUCGGGUGGUGCAGGAUUUCGGCAGCUCUGCGAGCGGUCAUCGUUUUCUACGUGGGCAUAGCCAUUGGCGUCUAUGUCGAUGACUUCCCGGCCCCCGUUGCGUCUUCGGUCGCAGACUUCGCCAGGCGGUGCGCCCUUCGGGUCUUCGAAAUCGUGGGGCUGGCCAUCCACCCGGACAAAGUUAAAAUGGCGCAGGUUCUGGAAAUCCUGGGGUUGCUCUUCGACACCACCUCUGCGCCGCCUACGUUCCGGAUUUCGGAAGAACGGCGGAGGGAAAUCGGGCACAAGAUCAACCAGGUAUUGGCCUGCGGCCACCUUCCGCGGGCAGCGGCUGAAGAACUUCACGGCAAGGUGAUGUUCUGUCUCAGUGCCUUGGUUGGCCGGCAGUUCAAUCCAGUGCUUCGCCCGCUUUCGAACUACAUCAACUUCCCGGACUCGUCAACGGUUGGGGGCGGCUUGUCUGAGAAGCUUCGCCAAUGCUUAACCAACAUCAAGGCCAUCCUCCAGCAGGACAUUGUUAAGUCCACGAAGUUCGAGGACCCCCGCGCCCCCAACUUCGUCGCUUACACCGCUUCUUUCAAAUCUAUCGGUUCCUCGUCGCGGUCCUUCGACCCCACAGCGGCGGGACUAUCCUACAGAAAUAAAUUAAGUAUACCCAUAGAAGUACCAGACGAAAAAAUCCUGUUGCUAAAGUCCUGUCGUUGUUACCGAAAGUUAUGUAAAAAUGCGGAGACCAAAAGUAGAGACAGUGUUUUCAUUUCUCAUGCAGUGCGCAAUUCGUCAUUUUGGUUGACGGUUAGAUAUUAGUAGAGAGGUGUAAGUACUAAAAAAAUUUUGUCAUGGUGAACAGCCUAAGAGAGCUGCAGCUGCUGUAAACCGCAAGACCAAUUCAUACGUUUUUCUUCCCUACGGAGGUGUACUUUAAUAUUUCUCUUGGAUAUUAGGGACGACCGCACGAAGACGCCGGAAUGUUGGCGAAAGUCACAGAGUACACAGCGAUACGCUUCUCCGAGUUGAUUAACGGUGCCAGCGAGAUCCCCCCGGGCGAAAAAGAAUCCUACAAGCAAUUGCUGGAAGCGGACCCGCUCACCGUGGACGAAAUUCCCGACCGCGCCGAGGCGGCGUUGAGCGCCGAGCAAAAAGCCGAGCGCCUGGAGCUUGUGAAGUCCCUCAAGAACAGAGCGUUCGAAGACGCGCGCGAGCGUCAGGUCCGUGAACGGAUGGAGGCCGAAGGGAUAAAUCCAGACGCGUUCUUCGACGGCCCUCCGUAUCGCGGCGAUAAAACGGCCUUCACGGGGGGCGGGAGCGUGCCGGUGACUGGCGCGAUCCGCCGUGCGGAGAGCACGGAAGCUUCCAGUACCGCAGCGGGAGGGUCCAGAUCCAGAAGAAGGAGGCGUCGCUAUGUUAAUCCAGCAGCCGCCAGUCCGGUCUACCCCGCGCUGCCACC